AUGAAUCCUCAUCAGCAGAACAAAGUAGAUAUCAACUCGCUGAGCCCAGAGGAGCAGCGCUUGCUGCGCCUUUACGGCAAGAUGCCCACCAAGAAAGACGUCCUCCAGAACAAGCUCAAGGAACGCAAAUACUUCGAUUCAGGCGACUAUGCACUCAGCAAAGCAGGCAAAGCCUCCGACGUGGGUGUAACCAACAUCGGGUCGCGCCACCCUGUUCCGGAGAACAUCCCGCACCUGACAUCGACAUCGCCGGGCGCAAACACUUCCGCCAGCAACGGCAGUGUCAGUGGCCAAAAUGGCCAGCAGAUUCCUGGCAGCAUCAGUGGCCACCCGGGCUCGAUCGGGUUCCAAAGCCGCAGUCCCAUCAAAGAGGGAGGUAGCUUUCUUCACCGUGGCACCAGUAUUAGCGACGGCGAGGCGGGCUCUGGGCUUGCCUCUGGAUCUGCCCGGGGUGAGCAAGAGCUGAGUGUUAGUCCCCCGGCUGCCAGGGAGGGAGUUCCUAUUCGUCGGUAG